UUCAGUACGAAUCGUCGUGUCAAGCGCACAGGAAGCGAUCGCAGCCCGGAUCGGAUUGGAUCGGAUUGGAUCGCAUAGGAUCGCCCAAGUGCUACACCUCAGACAGCGGCGAUCGCAUGUGGACAAACAAUUAAAUACAAGGUCACAGAAGCGCUAAGAGGCAAAGUAAAGACGCCACGACGAGCCAAGAUGACGGCCAACACAGCCACGUCGGAGGAGCACCUGCUGGGCAAGGGUGGCCAGGCCCAGGAGCCCUCCACGCCCUCCACGCCCACCUCGGCGACCGCGGAGCCCAGCGAGCUGAGCGAGAUCUUCUUCGUGGACAACAGCCGGCGCAAGCAGAGCAUCAAGAUCCAGGUGAAGCUCUGCCCCGAGGGCGUGUACCUGCGUCGCGAGACCGACGAGGACGACCACAUCAACGAGCAGCUCAUCAGGAUCGACGACAUCAUAGGCUCGCGCUACGGCCCGCGCCUGAAGAAGCGGGCCCGCGGUGGCCUCAACUCCUGCCGGAACCCCAAUGUCUCGGGCCAGGAGGCGGAGCCCGAGCCGGACAGCGACAACAGCGCCUACCUGUACAUCUACGCCUAUCUGAAGAAGGAGAAGCCCCUGCGGCGCGUCCAGACCCUCAGGAUUCUGCGCUUUCGCUCGAGCAACGACUACGCCGUCAAUCUGCAGACCGCCGAGCAGUGGCACCACACGAUCCGCAGGCACAAGCGUGGCAGUGGCAGCAGCUCCCCCGGAGACUCGGGCAAGCAGCUGCUCAUCCUGCUCAACCCCAAGUCGGGCUCGGGCAAGGGCCGUGAGCUCUUCCAGAAGCAGGUGGCUCCGCUGCUGACGGAGGCGGAGACCCAGUACGACCUGCAGAUCACCACCCAUCCGCAGUACGCCAAGGAGUUCGUGCGCACCAGGAGGGAUCUGAUGGAGCGCUACUCCGGCAUUGUGGUGGCCUCCGGCGACGGCUUGUUCUACGAGGUGCUCAACGGGCUGAUGGAGCGCCUGGACUGGCGCCGGGCCUGCCGGGAGUUGCCGCUGGGCAUCAUACCCUGCGGCUCGGGCAACGGCCUGGCCAAGAGUGUGGCCCACCACUGCAACGAGCCCUACGAGCCCAAGCCCAUUCUGCAUGCCACCCUCACUUGCAUAGCCGGCAAGAGCACACCCAUGGAUGUGGUCCGGGUGGAGCUGGCGCCCCGGGACAAACACUUCGUGAUGUACUCCUUCCUGUCCGUGGGCUGGGGCCUGAUAGCCGACAUUGACAUAGAAAGUGAGCGCCUGAGAUCGAUAGGAGCGCAGCGGUUCACACUUUGGGCCAUCAAGAGGCUGAUUACGCUGAGGACCUACAAGGGCAGGGUGUCCUACCUGCUGGCCAAGAACAAGAAGGACCAGGAGCCGCCCGUGGAGGCGGCCAAGGAGGCGCGGGAGAUGGCCGCGGACGAGAAGAGGCCAUCGGUGCGCUCCUCGCUGCCCAUAAAUGCUGGCGAAUUUCGCGAUUUGCCCGAGGAAAACGAGGACGUUCUGGAGGGGGAGCAGUUCGCCGACGCCAUAUCCCUGGAUCGCUCGGUCUAUUGCCAGCAUGCGGACAGCUGGCACUCGGCCAUGUCGCGGAGAACGGCCUACUACUCCCUGGGCGGACCCAGCCUGCACUCCAACCGCAGCCGCAUGAGCCUGAGCCAGCGCAUCGAGGCGGCCAACGCGGAGUUCGCGCAGAAGGUGCCGACGGGCACGAUUCCGGGUCUGCAGGUGCCACUGCAGGGCAUGGAGAACUGGGUCUGCGAGGACGGCGACUUUGUGAUGGUCCACGCCGCCUACACCACCCACCUCUCCUCGGACGUGUUCUUCGCCCCGGAAUCGCGGCUGGACGACGGCCUCAUCUACCUGGUGAUCAUCCGCAGUGGCGUGAGUCGCCACCAGCUGCUCAACUUCAUGCUCAGCCUGAACACGGGCACGCACCUGCCCAUCGGCGAGGAUCCCUUCAUCAAGGUGGUGGCCUGCCGGGCGUUCCGCAUCGAGCCCAACAGCUCCGACGGCAUCCUGGUGGUCGACGGCGAGCGGGUGGACUACGGACCCAUCCAGGCGGAGGUGAUGCCCGGCCUGAUCAAUGUGAUGACCACCAGUGGUCAGUAGCCUGCCCAUCCAAUCACUAUCAGGGUGGGGGAAUCGAUAACUAACUGCAUUCAGUGAAUGUCACCAUCCAAUAGCUUCUUUGGGUCCUAACCAAAUAUAUUCCAUAAGAAGCACUUCCACUGAAUCACAUGAUAAUGCCUACAGAGAUGGAAUAUUGUAAUGCCCAUAAAAACUGUUAUACAUCUUGCCCACAACUAGUGGUUGUUUAAAUAAUCCAACAUUUAUUAGCUAGCCACCUUAAUAUCAUCCAAUUUUAUAACACUUAGGAAAUGGCUUUGUUCAAAGUACACGUUUUUGACAUUAUUAGGUAGUAGCCACUAAACAUUGUUAUCUCUGUUCCUAUUAUUAGUCGAACCCAUUCUCAUAGUUCUGAAUCGCAAUCUGUAACUUUUGCAUCCGCCCAUGUAUCAAAAAAAACUUCACCAUAUGCACUUAAGUAGUUGGCUAAGUUGGUUUCCAUUAUUUUUUUGUUUGUUAAUCGGUCGAUAGUGUUAAUUAUUUUAAGAUCCAUACGUAGACGAAUAAAAGAAAUAAAAAUAAAAAAAAAUUAACAGAGA